GCUCAUUUCGCUUUUUUCGGUCUGAUUCAUUAGACGUGUUUCGCUUCUUGUUUGCAUAGAUUGAUACCACCCGUUGCUUUUGUCGCAUACAUAUUUCAUACGUAUCACAUACCAGACAACUCAUACAUAUAAUCGCCAGUCUCUCUACAGAAUGACGACUACUCCUCAGAUCCCAGCACCUGCGCAUACACAAGCCGACUCAAUGUUGUCUCGUCACUUUGGGAGGGAAACUGUGAACUAUUUCUCUAGUUCCCCUCUAAACCGGCUGUCCUUUCUGCGCUCUGAGCACCCUUUCCUAUCAGCCGCCUUAAGACACCCAUCGACGCGGUUCGUGCUCUUGAAAGACCUCGCGCCGCUUACGAAAACGCCGUCGGAGUUAUAUCUCGCCCAGUAUGACGAGGUCCGCAAUCUCGUCCCCGAGAACUUUUACGACAAGCCCGAGGAAGACAUGAUCAAAGACUUCGACUCCCGGAAGACCACCGCGAACCUUAUUUUCCUAGGCGUAGACGAAACCCGCAAACAGGACGGUCUAGCCUGGAAGAUAUACACCGGCGCCCCCUUUUUCGCCCUCGAUGUGACGCCGAAGGGAUGCGAAGAGCAGCAAAACGGCGCCAACGCUGUAAUUAGCGCCAUGGAAGCCAAGGGACUCAGCUUUUUCCAAUCCCGCGUAGUCAUGUCCUUCUCUGCUGACGACGCCGCCAUCUAUGCGCAGGCUCGCGCCCUCGCAGACUGGAACACCCGAAACAACUACUGCGGCACCUGCGGCAACCCAACCCUAUCCGUCAACUCCGGGACCAAGCGCGCCUGCCCGCCAACAGACGCCGCGCGAGUCGCCGAAGGCAAAACCCUCGAGCGACCAGGGUGCAACACGCGCACGACGCUCUCGAACCUGUCCUUCCCGCGGACCGACCCCACCAUCAUCGUCGCGGUCGUCUCCACCGACGGAAAGCGCAUCCUGCUGGGCCGCUCCAAGCGCUUCCCGCCGAACUGGUACUCGACUCUGGCGGGGUUCAUCGAACCCGCGGAGUCGGUCGAGGAUGCUGUCCGCAGAGAAGUGUGGGAGGAGGCUGGUGUGACUCUUUCGCGCGUCAUCAUCCACUCGUCUCAGCCGUGGCCCUACCCGGCUAACUUGAUGAUUGGCGCUAUCGCGCAGGUCAGUGAUCCGGCCCAUGAGGAGAUCCACUUGCUGCAUGACCCGGAGCUUGAAGAUGCGAAGUGGUUCGACGUUAAGGAGGUCGAGGAGGCGUUGAGGGUAGGUACCAGUGCCUUGGGCGAGAAGGCCGGUGCGGAGUACAAGGAGGGCGGCUUGAGAUUGCCGCCUCCGACUGCCAUCGCUAAUCAGCUCAUCAGAGCUGCGGUCAAUAUUGAUAGUCUGACCGCGAAGGGGUCCAAGAUGUAAAGAGUGGCUAUAUAUGUUUUUCUUCAAACCCCAUGACUGUUGUGUAAAUACAUCGUUCACAUACGGUGUGUUCUAUAGACUAAAUGAUUGGAGCGCAGGCCUGGG